AUGGGUAAGUCACCUCUGCAGAUGGCGGACAGGGUUCUCUUGACUCUUGAGGCUCGAUUCGGUCAAGUCGAGCUGUACCCAGAAAACCUGCUUGGCGUCAAGGAAGGAUCUCAGAGGAGAUUUGUUCCGUUUCUCCAUUCGUCCUCGCCGUUCUCGCCGUUCUCGCCGUUCUCGCUAUCCUCGGUCAGGCUUCGGUGUGCGAAAGCCGCAACGUCCAGCAUCUUUAUUGGUUACUGGCUUUUCAACUCCGAUCUCCGGAAUCGCACACCGAGGAGAGGAGGCGGUGGAGUGCAGCAAUCCUCUCACACCCAUCACACCCCCUACCAACAAUCCAUCCACGACGUCCUUCAUCAUCAACCUCACCAGAUCGACCCCGGGAACGAGUAUUGCCUUCAGACCAAGGCAGCACCAGCACUAGAACUGCAUGACUAUCUGCCACGCCAAUUGGCUGUUGGGCCAAAGACGGUAGCCCAAGCCGCACAUCCUGCAUGGAGAGAACUCGACGGCAACCCGACCUGCAGCUCAAGCCUCAGAGGAUCCAGAGCUCUUGAGUCUUCCCGCCCCCUAAGAGCCCUACAUAAAGACGACAAAGGACACUCGCACCCCUCCCAUCAGCGGACGACGGUACGAUCAUCGCUCGCAUCUUGGCCGAAUUUAUCAUCCGCCGCUCGUUCAAUGGCCGGGCCCAAUCCCCCCACUGAUGUCGAGUCCCGGUCCCAUUCCCGGCCCGCCGACCAUGCCACCCCAUCCGUCGAAACCCCGCCGUCGGAAAUGGAAAUCGACAUUGAGAAGCUCGGCAGACAACGUCCCGCCGUAUUCAAGACCAUGUGGGCUGAACUCGGUUUCAUCGUGUCCCUUUUAGGGUCCAUGCUCAUGGCCGAAUUCUUCGUCUCCGGCUUCCACGUCAUCCUCCCCCCCCUGGCCAUCGAGCUCUCCAUCCCCGAAGCCUCCCAAACCUGGCCCGCCAGCGUCUUCGCCCUCGUCGCCGGCUCCUUCCUCCUCCCCUUCGGCCGCCUCGCCGACAUGUACGGCGGCUACGCCGUCUUCAACGCCGGCCUCCUCUGGUUCUGCCUCUGGUGCCUCGUCGCCGGGUUCAGCCGCAACUACGUCAUGCUCAUCGCCUGCCGCGCCCUCCAAGGCCUCGCCGCCGCCGCCUUCCUCCCCGCCGGCAUCAUGCUGCUUGCCCAAACCUACCGCCCCGGUCCGCGCAAGAACGUCUUCUUCGCCCUCUACGGCGCUUCCGCCCCGCUCGGCUUCUUCCUCGGCAUCCUGUUUGGUGGUAUCACCGGCGAGUUCCUCGACUGGCGGUGGUACUUUUGGCUGGGCUGCAUCAUCCUCGCUGUCGUAUGCGCUGUCGCCUUGCUCUCCGUCCCCAACGACUGGCGCCCCGCCCCGCCGCCUGGUGGUGGUGGUGCCGGUACUGCUGCUGCUGCUGCUGCUGCUGCUGCCCCCCUGACCAUGGACUGGGCCGGCUUCGCCACCAUCGUGCCCGGGCUGGUCCUCGUCGUCUACGCCUUCACCGACAGCUCGCAGGCCCCGAACGGCUGGGCGAGCUCGCAGACCAUCGUGCCCCUCGUCCUCGGCCUGUGCCUCCUCGCCGCCGCCUUCUGGGUCGAGCGCCGCUACGCCGUCCAACCUUUGGUCCCCGCCGAGAUCUUCGCCCCGCGCCACAUGAAGCGGCUCGUCGCCGCCCUGUUCUGCGGCUACGGCACCUUCGGCGUCUUCCUGCUCUACUCGACCUUCUACAUCGAGUUGGUGCUGCACAUGUCCCCCCUGCUGACGGCCGUGUGGUACGUCCCCCUCAUUGUGGGCGGGCUCGUCAUCGCCUGCCUGGGCGGGUUCACCCUCCACCUCCUCCCGGGACGCGUCCUCCUCGUUCUCGCGGGGCUGGGGAACGUGGGGUCCGUGGUCCUCUUCGCCCUGAUGCCCGAGGACCCGAACUACUGGGCUUGGGUCUUCCCUGCCAUGGUCUGCUCCACCGUCGGUAUCGACAUCACCUUCACGGUCACCAACGUCUUUAUCACUACCAACCUCCCCGCGCGGUGGCAGGGGCUCGCGGGCGCGCUGAUCAACAGCACUUUGUUCCUGGGCAUCAGCUUCUUCCUGGGCUUGGCGGAGGUGGCCGUCGGUCAGACGUCGCACUUGGGCCUGCGCGAGAAUUACCAGGUGGCCUUUUGGUUUGCCACGGGCAUCGCUGGGGUUGCCUUGCUCCUCUUUGUGUUUAUCGAUCCCGGACAGGCGAAGAGCCAGCUGACGGUGGAGGAGAGGGCGAGAUUAGAAGGGGCGGCGGGGAGAAUUGACCCGGGCGAUGAGAAGACGAAUGAGGGGGUGGAUGCAGGAAAGUAAACGAAAGGAAGAAGGGAAGACGGGAAGACGGGAAAAAAAAAGACAAGGGCAUCGUCAGGGGCGGAUUUAACAUGAGGCCACAAUAGGCAACAAACCAUAGACAGGCCAUCGGUCAAGGGUGUGAUACAGGAGAUAUAGAGCAUACAGGACUCGACCUAGACUCAAAUUUAAUAGAAAUUAUACCAACAG